AUGGGCUCCGGGCAUGGAGAAACUCCCUCCACAUCCAUCUCCAUCUUCCCAUUCACUGGAGGACAAGACAAAAGCGGAGCGCAGAUUUGACAGCCGCCGGCGGCGGCUCAGCUGCCGGUGGCACGCAUGGCUCGCCGAGGAGGAGCCGCCUCCCGCGCGCCCUCCCUCCCGCUAGCCUUCGCCCGCGCGCCCCGCAGCUCCGCUCCGCUCGGCUCCGGCACCGGCGGCGGGCCCGGGGAGCGCGAGCAGCGGGUGGCCGCGCGUCCUCGGAGCAGUGGCCUUCAGGAGCCCCCGGCAGUCCCGCUAAGCCGAGCGCAUCCCGGAGGCGGCGGCAGCGACGCCUCCCAUCCACGCGCCCAGCCCCGGGGCCGCCCGGGGACUCCCUCCCCAGCUGGGCCUCCGAUCCUUGUCGCUUUCCAGUCUCUCCGGGGGCCUCUCGGCGUCUCCCCUCCCCUCCGCUCUGAACAAAGUUACUGGAAGAACAAUCGCAUUGCUGGGACCUGCCGGCGAAACUGA